AUGCGGAUAUUCUACUGGAAUAUCAAUGGUGUUGUGAAACUUAAUGCGCAACCUAAUCUUAGAGAGUUAGUUCAAGAGUUUCAACCAGAGAUUCUGUGUAUUGCGGAACCAAAGGUACGUUAUACAGAUAACUUCAUAUCUCGGUUAAACUUGAAUGGUUUUAAAAAUACGUUUAUUCAUAAUUCUUCUAAUAAUUCUAUUGGGAACAUUUGGAUUUUCUGGUUGGAAGAUUUUAAUGACCCUUUGAUAGUUAAUAUGAGUAGACAGGCAAUAACAAUGGCUUUGAAUGAGAAAAAAGGUGGCGUAGAGACUAGAACAUCGAUCAUUAAUAAGUUUAGUGAUUGGAUGAAGAAUAAUAAUUUGUUUGAAGCGGAUUCCCUUGGUUGCAACUUUACUUGGACUAAUGGUCAGUCAGGUCAUCGCAGAAUUAUUAACAAACUCGAUCGUGCUAUUAUCAAUCCAGCGUGGCUAGCUAAGUUUGAGAAUUGGCAGUGUAAAGCCCUUCCUAGAGAAGUUUCCGACCAUUCAACUUUAAUUGGUUUCCCUUUUGCUGUCCCUAGGCUGAAACGUGCUCCGUUUCGAGUCCAAAAGAUGUGGUUUCUUCAUGCAGACUUCAUGCGCAUAGUUUCUGAAAACUGGAACCUGCCGGUUUUUGUAAACCCAAAUUUUAUCGUUACCUUUAAAUUAAAGAGGCUCAAAGUUGAUAUGAACACUUGGAAUUUAAGGGUCUUUGUCAACAUUCAUUCUCUGCUCAAGCAAGACAAGCUCAGGUUUGAAACGGCAGCAAUGAUUUCAGAUGAAGACCCCUCAAAUAUUCCUAAUUUGAAUGCCAUGAAAGAUGCUAUGUCUACUCUGCAUGAAACCAAGAUGCAACAUACUACCAUGCUAAAACAGAAAGCGAGAAAUAAUUGGCUGGUGGAUGGGGCUAGUAAUACAUCCUUCUUUCACAACUGUAUUCGUGCUCGAAGAAGUAAUAAUGUGAUUUCUGAAUUGGUCGACAAUGAAGGUGCGAUUAUUUCUGACAGUACUCUUUUGCGGAAUCAUGUGGUUACUUACUAUGAAGAAAAGUUUAAUGGGACUGAGGAUAAUAUUGACAGUAGUUUGUUUUACUAUGAACAUGAAACCAUAACUCCUGAAGAAAGCCUUGAGAUGGAUGUGAUUCCUUCACAAGAGGAAAUUAAAAGUGCAGUUUGGGAUUUGGGAGCUGACAGUGCUCCAGGUCCGAAUGGGUAUUCUGGAUGUUUUUAUCGUCAUUGCUGGGACGUUAUUCAUGAAGCCCUUAUUCAGGAUAUUAUUUACUGCUGGAAUUUGAAACACAUUCCGAAUGGGACAAAUUCUAGCCUUCUGAUUAUUUUGGAUAAGGUGCGUUGGGCUAAUACUAUUCGUAAUUUUAGGCCCAUUUCCUUGAGUAAGUUUUUCUUCAAGAUUUUUACUAAGAUCUUAGCUACUCGUUUGGGUAUAUUUUUGGAUAAACUUGUUUCUGAAGAACAUGUUACUUUUAUGAAAGGGCGUAAUAUUCACGAGAAUAUUUCUUUGGCAUCGGAAAUGGUUAAUGAACUUCACAUUAAAAGGAAAGAUGGCAACUUAGGUUUGAAACUUGACAUUUCUCAAGCUUUUGACACGGUAAGUUGGUCUUUUGUUCUCGAAGUUUUUAAACAUAUCAAUAUGGGGCUUAAACAAGGUGAUCCUUUGUAUCCUCUUAUUUUUGUGCUUAUUGAAGACGUCUUAAGCCGUAAUAUUUCGAAACUUUUUAACGAAGGCAAUAUGAAGAGUUUGCAUAAUAUUAUUCAUUUCCUAGAGGUUUAUCAGCGAGCUUCUGGGCAAACCGUUUGUCGACAAAAGAGUAAGGUAUAUUAUGGUGGUGGUUCCCUUAGCAGGUGUAGAUACUUAACGGAUUUUUCGGGAAUGACUGUUGCUACUUUCCCUGAUCGUUAUCUUGGUGUUCAAGUUAAGCCUGGUACAGUUAGGUACAGACACAUUAGUAAUGUUAUAGACAAGAUCAAAAAUGAACUUGCUGGCUGGAAAGGGAGUUUGCUUUCUUUUCAAGAUCGGAUUGUUCUUGUGAAAUCGGUUAUAUCUAGCUACUCUAUUCACAAUAUGGCUGUUUACAAAUGGCCCCGUGGCCUAGGUAUUUCAAGUAUGUCAGUUAUGAAUAGACCUUUUCUAAUGAAACUUUGGUGGCAAAUUCGAACUUCUAAGAAAAAAUGGGCUCGAUAUCUAGUUGCAAAGUUUUUUGAUAGAAAUGGGGAAUUAAAGCACAAGGGUAUUAAAUCUACUAUCUUUCCUGAGAUAAGGAGCAUAGCUAGCAUUCUACAACGAGGGGAGUUGAACAGAAAUGUCCGAGUCAGUGAAAUUUUAGUGGAUGGUGCUUGGGUGAUCAGUGACGUGCAUAGACUUUUUCUUGAAGCAACAGGGAUUGAUCUCAUUAAUUUACCUAGGCCAAAUAACGGAGAAGAUGUUAUAAUUUGGAUGCCUGAUUAUAAAGGAAAGUUCACAGUCCGAUCAGCUAGGGAGAUUACCAGACCUCAUCUGCAGGAAGCAGUGGAAGUUAUUUGGUGGGUGCCGGAUUUUGGUAAUCUCCUUCUAUGCUGUGAAGGGGCAGCUGUUGGUAACCACGAUAAUGCAGGAUCUGGGGUAGUGGCGCGGGACUCAGAUUGUGCUUUUCUUGGUGCAAUUUCGUUUGGGCUUGGAGUUACCACAAACUACUUAGCAGAAGUCUACGCAGUUGUUGUGGGCUUUGAGUGGGCGAAUAAAUGGGGAGUGAGAAGAGUAAUAAUCAGGACUGAUUCGGAUGCUGCUAGGAUGGCCUUUUCUACCAAUUCAAUGCCUUGA